AUGACUGAACUUGAAGAGGAAAAUGCUCAACUUCGCCAACGCAUUGCAGAACUAGAAGGCAAGCAGCAAACACCAGUUGCUUAUACACCAGAGGACAUGGCAGCUCCUUUUAAAAAGGUUGACAAGUUAACAAACGAAGAGAUCUUUCGUUUUGGACGUCAGUUAGUGACACCUGGAUUUGGCUAUGAAUCUCAAUUAAAGCUUCGUAAUACGACUUUUCUGGUGGUGGGUGCUGGUGGGCUGGGAUCACCUGCGACCCUUUAUUUGGGAGCUGCCGGUGUGGGUCGUCUUGGUAUUGUGGAUCAUGAUACAGUGGAUACCAACAAUUUGCAUCGACAGGUGAUCCAUACCCAAGCACGCAGAGGGGUGAAUAAGGCCGUGUCUGCUGCCAUGUCUAUUAAAGCCAUUUAUCCCAAUGCAGAUGUCAUUCCUUAUGCUUACACAUUAGAUCGCACCAAUGCACUGGAUUUGAUCAAGCAGUACGAUAUCAUCAUUGAUGCUACAGACAACAUUGCCACUCGCUAUCUGCUGAGUGAUGCGGGUGUUUUAGCUGGAAAGCCAGUGGUCUCUGGGAGCGCAUUGCGAAAUGAUGGUCAGUUGACCGUCUACAAUUACAAUGGCAGCCCAUGUUUUCGAUGUCUUCAUCCUGUGCCUCCACCUGCUUCGACAGUGGGCAAAUGCGUAGACAAUGGUGUUUUGGGCGUUGUGCCUGGUGUGAUUGGUACAUUGGAGGCACUGGAGGCCAUCAAGGUAGCUCUAGGAACACCCUCGCUAGAUCAUCCCAGCUUCUUGAUCUUUAGUGGCAUGAGCAACCCCAUGUUCCGCACAAUGAAGCUUCGCAGUAAGAAGAAGGAUUGUUCCAUUUGCGGUGAGCAUCCCACCAUGACUGAGCUGAUUGAUUACGUCCAGUUUUGCAAUGGAGCAGCCGACGACAAGACGGUGGAUGAGACAAUCUUGCAGGCCCACGAACGCAUUAGUGUCCAGCAAUACAAUGAUAUCAUUCAGCAAAAUCAAGCGCAUUUGCUCAUCGAUGUGCGACCUAAAAUCCAAUUUGGCAUCUGCAGUCUGCCUAACAGCGUGAAUAUUCCAAUGGAUGAAUUGGACAAGCAUUUGGAUCAGAUUCAGCAACAGCAGCAAGACAGGAAUGGUAUAUAG